AUGUCUGAUCUCAUCAAAGGACGAACUAUGUACCGCUUGAUGCGGAUGAGUUGUGGAGUGUCCUUCAUGCUUUACGGCUAUGAUGCUGGUGUUUUGGGUGGGGUGCAAGGCACCGAUGCCUUUCUUAAGGCUAUGGGCCAUCCUACUGGCACAUACGUCAUUCCAAUGAUUGCAUCCUCGUAUACCCUUGCUGCCACUAUCUGUUGCCUCAUCGUGUCUAUCAUCGGCAUGCCUCUCGGUCGUCGCAACAUUAUUCUCCUCGGUAACGCCUUCGUUGUUGUGGGUGCAGUCAUACAAGCCAGUUCUUGGUCCGUCGGGCAGAUUAUCGCAGGGCGUAUUCUUUGCGGGUUUGGAAUCGGAUUCAUAUCCUGCACUGUUCCCACGUAUAUGGCAGAAAUGUCUAUCGAGGCAGGAGAACGUGGCCCAGAAGUGGCGUUCACCUGUGCAUUGCUGAUCAGCGGCAUCCCAAUCGCAUAUUGGAUCGACUUUGGCUCCACGCGCAUGACGAACCAAGUCUCUUGGCGAUUUCCAAUUGCUUUUCAGGCUUUCUUUGCAAUGGCUUCCGGGUCCGUUAUGUUCUGUCUACCGGACACACCGAGAUGGUACUAUGCCAAGGGCCGUGAGGCGCAAGGAGAUGAUGUGCUUGCCAAGUUACAUAAUAAGCCUCUAGAUCAUCCGGAUGUCCAUCGGAUGAAGCAGGAGAUCAUGAGAUCGAUUCAGCUCGAAACAGAUGCAGAAGAAAGCACGAAGUUCAAUCUCUGGACCCUAUUCUGGGAUAACACAGAUUUGAGAGUUGGGAAACGGAUCAGGAUAUCCUUCCUUGUGCUUUCAAUCCAACAGAUGAUGGGUAUCAACUUGUCGGUCUACUAUUCUGCUGUCAUCUUCAAAAAUGUCGGUCUUUCCGACUUCCUCGCACAACUUCUGUCAGCUGUUAUGAAUACCAUGUUCGCCCUCGGCACAUAUCUUCUCCCGGCAACUAUCGAGCGUUUUGGCCGUCAAAGCAUAAUGUUCUGGUCCGCUUUGGUUCUCGCGCUUCUCAUGACGGUCUUUGUAGCACUCAUUGGCCUCCCCAAACCUACACUCGGCACACAGUGGGGCGCAGCGGCUAUCAUCUGCGUUUGGAAUAUGGUGUUCGGAUAUGGCUGGGUUGGUGUCCCUUGGCUUUAUGGUCCUGAAAUUGCACCUCUCCAACAGCGGCACAUCGGCGGUGCAGCUGGCGCCUUCGGAGAAUGGCUCUUCAGCUUCCUUACUGUAUUCGCGGGUGGAAUUGCGCUAGAGGCAGUGGGGUGGAAGAUCUGGAUCUGGAUGCUGGUGUUCAACUGGCUCGCAAUGCCAUUCGUAUGGUUCAUGUGUCCUGAGACGGGAGGAAAGAGUCUCGAGGAGAUCGAUGUUUUGUUCGCGAAGGAUGACGUUAAGGAGAGAAUACUGGCAAGUGGAUAUGAAGGUGCAAUAGGAGAAGGUACUGGAACACGGGAGCGCGAGAAUAAACGGGUAGGAUCAGCUGAAGAGAAGAACUCGAGUGUGAGGUUGGAGGAGGUCUAA